GGAAACCUACAGGGAAGUUCUGUUAUUCUUUCUUCUCUCGGUACGUUCAGUCAAAUACUGGGUGUUGCUUCUUCUAAAGAUUUAUAGCUGUACUAUGGAGUAAUUUGGACUGAUUUUCAAAAUUAUUUCACAUUGUAACCAUCUAGGAUUUUUUCAAGCUUGCUGGUUUUUGCCUUUUUUGCCACCUUCACAAGUUUUUUGCUAACUUUUUUUCUUGUGUCUCAUUUGCAACUUUCUUGCGGGUAGAUCGACUCAGGCUUUUCUCAGCUUUUAUCUGUAGGCUGCUAACAAAUGGAUGGUGAAACAUCUUUUCAGCUCUUCAGCUGUCAUGUAACUUGUGUGAUGUGAAGUUACAGUCGAAAGGAAAGACUGCUGUUUCAGGAACCGAGUUUCUUUUUUUUUUUUCUUAUACUGAAGAGUGGCAAACUUGAAACCAUGAGCAUUCCUACUAAAUUGGAGGUCAUGGGUUGGGAUCCACCUCACUUAGCUGACUUUUUGAGAAGGCGAGAGCUGUCUGGAUGUGACAAAGUCGUUCUGAAAUGUGGAAUGACUGGGCAGAGAUUUCUGAAUAUGUCCGAUAAUGACCUUCAGAGGUUUCCCAAACUGCAUGCCCCACUCAUCUCCAAGAUCUCCCAGGAAAUCAACAAAAAAGAGGAGAAGCGAGGAUUUUUCCAAUUAAGGUCCUCUGCACCCAAGUACCAAGAAGCAGAUUUGCCUGCGGAGGACCAAGGAUGGGGUUCUGAAGAGUUUGAAAGCGAUGAUGAUUACGAGAGUCCAAAUUCAAACGAUGAUGGAGAAGGCAGUGGUGGAGAUUAUGAAUCAGCAGCAGAUGGUGGUGUGGACAGUGAUAAUGACUACGAGCCGCCCCCAAGUGAGCCGCCUGAUGACCUCCAGCAUCACCAGAUCUGCGCUGCCAAGCACAGCAACAGCGAGUACAUUGACCGGUCUUCAGUCAAAAUCGAGCCACCAGUGCCUCCAGCACGGCCCGGGCCUGGUCCUGGUCCUCCACUUCCUGCUAUGGGACGCCCGAGUAUUGGUGGAACAUUCCCAAGGACUGAACAGUCUCCUCAAAGGACUCAGAGACCUCCUCCUCCUGAUCGCAGUAAAAAGCCGGGGAGUCUGGAAAGGGCUAAUAAUAAAGGUGGGAAUGUCAGUACCCCAAAUGAGAGGAGUGUCAAGCCGCCGAUGAGGAAUGCUGGAACGGAUAAGCUUUUGGAGCCCCCACGAAUGCCCAAACCUCCACUACCUACAGCGGGAGGGGUGCGGAGAAGUGUCUCCUCUGUUACUCCUGGUCAAGCUUUUAACAGACAGUCACCUGAUCCCAGAAAUGAGUUCUUUGAUGAUGGUGCCAGGUCCAGCUUCACCUUUCCUCACUCCAAGCACCCCAGGAAUCCGUCACCGAGACCACAACCACACGGACCUGGAGGUCCACCUGACGGUAUUGGUCAGACUGGAUCUCUACCUUCAAGACUGCAGGAUGUGAGAGGGGGGAGCUCAAGAAUUCCACCACCAAUGCGGCCUGAUCUAGAUCCAAGAGGAGAGCAGGAUAUGGACCCUGCAUGGUAUGUGGGACAGGUUUCACGUGGUCACGCAGAAGGCAAUCUGAGACGGGUAAACAGGGAUGGAGCCUUCUUGGUACGGGACAGCUCAAAGGGCUCCGUCACCCAGCCUUACACACUCAUGGUACUUUACCAGGACAAAGUCUUCAACAUUCAGAUUCGCAAAGCACAGGAUGGCUUCCUGCUUGGUACUGGCCUUAAAUCUUCAGAGAUCUUUUCAAGGGUCAGUGACAUUAUCAACCAACACAGGCAGAUGCCACUGCUGCUGAUUGAUGCUAAAAACCGUGGAACAGGUCAACAAAACCAGUGUGCUCUGAUUCACCCUGCUGGAUUUUGACUCUCUAAAGGACAACAUAGUAGAGCGGGCAGUUAUAUCACACCUGAUGACAGGAAAAACCACUAUGAAAAAUACUUUCCCAGAGGGAUCAUAAAGAGAUGGCAGAUUUUUUUUUUAUUUGUAUGUUUUUGGAUGCAGUCUCAUCAGUAUGUUGGAUAUGUGUCUUGCUAUAUAUAUAUAUAUAUAUAUAUAUAUAUAUAUAUAUAUAUAUAUAUAUAUAUAUAUAUAUAGUGAUGGGGAAGUGUGUGUGCUGCUUUUUACAGCUUGAUGAACAAAAGCAAGUAUAUAGAGAUAUAUACUCUAAGAUGUAAAACUGGAAACCGGAUGGCCACCAGCCCAAAUAACCAAAUGCAUGUCAGUCAUGGAUUUUAAUUAUUAUUAUUAUUUUUUCAGAUUAAUAUUCUCAAAUAUUUAUGUUUGCAUAGAUGGUCAUUUUUCUGUCAUACAAACAGAAAUGCUUGUCUUAGAUAUAUAUAUAUAUUUUUUUUUUGCUUGAAUAAACUUCUCUGCAACUCUGCCCUGCCAUGGUGUACAGAUUUCCUAUGCAUGUGUGUAGCCUAUUUAGGAAGAAUAAAUAGUCUGUUUCCAUGAGAGACAUUUCUGG